AUGGAGCCCCAGGAGUCAACGAAGCGGUCGCAGGAUGAGAUUCACGAUACGGCCACCCCUCAGCAGCAGGAACCCACUCAUGAUGAGCCAGCUUCUAAGCGACAGAGGUUUGAUGAGUCUGCUGAAACUCAAAACGGCACAACGAAAAAGUCGCCUGUGGACAGAGUGAAGGGUGUUGCCCCCAUCAAGGCCGAGUACCUUAUCGUUGCCCCUGGUCAGUCGGCAAAGGUUGUUGUGCCUGAUGUCAUUGAUGAUGAUGAGGCUGAAGGAAGAGGCACCAUUGAACACCAGCAGCAAGGAGAUAGUCGCGAUGCUGGGAAAGGAGGAAAGAGGAAAAAGAAGACAGGCCAAAACAAGGAGAGAACCUUUGGCACCUUUUCUGAUGCUCAACGCCUUUGCAAUUCCGUUGCCUGGACUCCCGAGUUCUCUCCCAGGUCUUGCAAGUUUGGUGAGCGGUGCAAUGGCCUCCAUGAUAUCCGAAAAUACCUGAAGGAGGGCCGCCGUGCAGACCUGGAAACCUUUGGAGGAAAAUGCCCUACUCUUGAGAAAUUUGGAAAGUGCCCGUCUGGCUGGCGUUGCUUGUUUGUGUCAAGUCAUAGCAAGGAGGUCGAGCACGAAGAUGGGCGCAAGGAGCUAGUUCUCACAGACAAAGAUGGCAACACUUACCCCGACGAUGGGGAUACCGGUGACGCCAAUACCGAGGUGGUGAACAACGUGGAAGGCCAGAUCAAGAUUGACCUCUCACGGAAACGAGUCCAGUUUGAAAAGUCGGACAAGUAUCUAAGAUGGCUGGAAAAAGAUACUCAGAUUUUCCGUGACCAUCACCACAAGCAAAAGGAUGGCGGUGCUGAGGCGCUGGACUACAGGGCAAUGUACGCCGAGCCACCUUUUAAGCCCUCGGAGAAGAAGAGGCUUUACUUUGGAAGGGAAACACCGGCUUUGGCGCCCUUGACAACCCAAGGGAACCUGCCAUUCCGCCGUCUUUGCGUCGACUUGGGAUGCGAGUUGACCUACUCGGAAAUGGCCAUGGGCAUGCCCUUACUCCAGGGUGCCAAGUCUGACUGGACUCUGAUGAGAGCCCACAAGAGUGAGACCACACCCCCUCGCUUCAAUGGCGAUGGGCCCGUUGCUCAAGGUUACGACAACUCGAAGGAUCUCAAGUUUGGCGCUCAGAUUGCAGCCAACGUUCCCUGGGUUGCCAUCAAGUCUACCGAAGCCUUGGCUCGUUUCCUCCCACAUCUCCGGCUGAUCGACCUAAACUGCGGCUGCCCGAUUGACAUGCUCUACAAGUCGGGUGCUGGAUCUGCCCUCUUGGAUGCUCCCUCCAAGCUGGAGCGUAUGAUCAGAGGCAUGAACGCCGUCUCUGAUGACGUUCCCAUCACGGCCAAAAUCAGAAUGGGCGUCCGUGAUGACAAGUUCACGGCCCAAAAGAACAUCGAGAGGCUCGCCCUUGGCAGUGAGGAGCAUCGUGAUAUUCUGGGAGCUCCCGGCUGCGCGGCUGUGACACUUCACGGCCGAACAAGACAGCAACGGUACACCCGCGCGGCCAACUGGGAGUACAUCGCUGAGACGGCCGCCAUGAUCAAGCGCUUGAACGAGAAAACUGACAGCCUCACCGACACCAUUCGCGAAGUCGAUGAACGAACUCUACCCAAUGGCGGGAGGAUGUUCUUCAUUGGCAACGGCGAUUGCUACUCGCACAUUGACUACUUUGACCACGUCGACAACACCAAGGUGGACACGGUCAUGAUUGGCAGAGGAGCGAUCAUCAAGCCCUGGAUCUACGAGGAGAUCCAGACUGGUCAGUACUUGGACAAGUCGGCCACGGAGCGGUUAGGGUACAUUGAGAAAUUUGCCCGGUAUGGAAUGGAGGCUUGGGGGUCAGACGAGCUGGGGAUCAACUACACGAGGAGGUUCCUGCUGGAGUUUUUGAGCUUCUUCAGCCGGUAUGUUCCUGUUGGGCUGCUGGAGUAUCUGCCGCCGAGUAUCAAUGAGAGGCCGCCGGCGUACAAGGGAAGAAAUGAGCUUGAGACGUUGCUUGCGAGUAAGGAUUAUAAGGAUUGGAUCAAGAUCAGGUUUGUUCAUGUCAGUUUCGAUCUGUUGGUGGGGCUGUUUGCUGAUAUUUUGUUUGAUAUUCUAGUGAGAUGUUCCUCGGCCCGGCACCUGCUACGUUUUCUUUUACGCCUAAGCACAAGUCAAACUCGUAUGAGAUCGAGGCGGAGGGUUGAGAGGGCUUGUUUUAUGGGUGGGGUGGGUGAUGUAAAGGUUGUACGCUAUGAGAAAAAGGGGGGGAAAUCAUGCCGAGGCUGA